CUCAACCCCCUUUCCCACCGACACGCCCUGCUCGCCGCUCGCCGCCCGACGCAGACGACCCGAGUCCCCAGCCCGCAGUCUUCGCCCGUGAACACGCUGGGACCGCUGCCAUGCCGACCAGAGUAAUCAAUCCGUUCGCGACAUCCUCCCCCAUCUCUCCCUCGGCCGACGCCCUCAGCGAAAAGCGCGAAGAGCCGCGCCGGGCCUCGUUCACCAAGGGCAACAAGUUCACGAGCCUGUUCGGCGGCAACUCGCCCAAGGCCCGGUCCGAAGCUGCUGCCCUGCGCGAAGCCCUCAUUGCCCAGCAGCAGGCGCUCCUGAACUCGCCCUCGCCGCAGCAGAUCAACACGGCCUCGAUAUCCCUGCCGUCCAUCAGCCUCACCACAGCCACCGGCGAGAAGAUGCCCGCUGAACCCAAGACGCUCUUCCAGCCUCUCUCGCCCGAGGAACAGCGGCGACUGGCCCGGCAACAAGCACAGUUCGGCCCCCUUGGUUCUCAGGCGCAUCGCUACACCAGCAAGUUUGAGGGCGAGUUCGGCGAUCCCAUUGAAGACGAGCCGCCAUACUACUUCCUCCUCACGACCUACAUCAGCUACCUGAUCUUAAUAGUAUUCGGACAUGUGCGUGACUUCUUCGGCAAGCGCUUCAGGAAACAGCACUACAGCCACUUGCAGGAGAAGGACGGCUAUGCGCCGCUCAACAGCGAUUUUGAUAAUUUCUAUACUCGCAGGCUGAAGAUGAGGAUCAACGACUGCUUCUCACGGCCCACCACUGGUGUCCCCGGCCGCUUCAUCACUCUGCUCGACCGCAAGUCGGACGACGGGAACAACACCUUCACCAUGACAGGCACCACAACCGAGACACUUAACCUCAGCUCCUACAACUACCUCGGAUUUGCUCAGUCUGAAGGUCCUUGCGCUGACGCAGCCGAGGCUGCCAUCAGGAAGCACGGCAUCACAAUGGCCAGCCCACGCGCUGACGCAGGCACGUCUGAGCUUACAGUCGAGGUUGAGGACCUGAUUGCCAAGUUCGUCGGCAAGCCGGCGUCAAUGGUCUUCUCCAUGGGUUUCGUCACAAACGCCACCACUUUCCCCACAAUCGUCGGCAAGGGCUGCCUCAUGAUCUCGGACGAAUUGAACCACUCCUCGAUUCGAUUCGGCGCCCGUCUCUCUGGCGCCAUGGUCACCAUGUUCAAGCACAACGAUAUGCGCGAUCUCGAGCGUAAGCUGCGCGAGGCCAUCUCGCAAGGCCAGCCCCGCACACACCGUCCGUGGAAGAAGAUCUUGGUCGCAGUCGAGGGCCUCUACUCAAUGGAAGGCACCAUGUGCAACCUGCCCGGCAUCAUCGAGCUGAAGAAGAAGUACAAGUUCUUCCUCUUUGUCGACGAGGCUCACUCUGUCGGCGGCGUAGGCCCCCGCGGACGCGGUGUCUGCGACUACUUCGGCAUUGCACCCAGCGAAGUUGACCUUCUCAUGGGCACACUCACCAAGUCCUUCGGCGCAAAUGGCGGCUACCUCGCAGCCGACAAGGCCAUCAUCGACAAGCUCCGUACCACCAAUGCCGCCAUGCUGUACGCCGAGUCCCCCACGCCCCCAGUCCUUGUCCAGAUUGCUUCCGCCCUCCGCAUCAUCAACGGCGAGAUCAUCCCCGGUCAGGGUGAAGAGCGCCUGCAGCGUCUCAGCUUCAACUCGCGCUAUCUCCGCCUCGGCUUGAAGCGCCUCGGCUUCAUCGUCUACGGCCACGACGACUCGCCCAUCAUCCCCAUUAUGCUGUACAACCCGGCCAAGAUGCCCGCCUUCUCGCACGAAAUGCUCAAGCGCAAAAUCUCCGUCGUCGUCGUCGGAUACCCCGCCACCCCGCUCGUGUCGUCGCGCGCCCGCUUCUGCGUCAGCGCGGCCCACACCAAGGAGGACCUCGACCGCAUGCUCAGCGCGUGCGACGAGGUGGGCGACAUCCUGCAGCUCAAGUUCAGCUCGGGCGUCGCGGGCGGCGCGCUGCCGGAGGAGCUGGUGGAGAAGACGGGCACGCUGGGCGAGCCCAAGGAGCCGGCGCCGCCGCGGUGGAGAGUCCAGGACGUGCUCAAACGCGGCGUCGAGGACGUGCAGCGGCCCCUCAACUAAACCCCGUUUCUGUCCGCCGUCCUUGGCACGUCGAAGCUUCAGCUUUGCAUUUUUCUUUUACCGCUUUGAGCAUUUCUGGCGCCUCAGUGGCAUUAUCUUUUCUUUGAGAGGGACGCGGUUCCUGUACGAUACUCAUCUUCAUACCCUCGCUGUACUACUUUACCUUCUUCUUUGGCCGC